AUGCCGCUGAGAGAGAGACAUGACUAUCGUGGAUCCUCUGGGGAGCCUCAACAACAUCCUGAUGCUGACGAGGAAGAGAAGAGUCUCUCCAGAUCAGAACACCAGAUGGACAACGCUAGCCCUUCCUCCCUCCUGGAGUCCAUGUGUCGUGCCUCUCCCAGUUGCUCCUUACUGCUGGGUAUGAAGAGGUUGUCUGUGCUGCUGGUGGACUGCAGGAAAACAACAGGGCUGAGUGGAACUGUGAGAGGAGGAGAAGAGAAGAAAGGAUCAGAUUUGACACAUCAAAGAGGAAAAACAAACUCGGAGGAACCAGAGCCAGAGACGUCCAAACCAGCAAGACGACACCUCUGCUCCCAGAUUGGAAAGAGUUUCAUCAAGUUAGGAAACCUGAAAGUUCAUGAGCGAAUGUACACAGGGGAGCAGCCAUACCAUUGCGCCCACUGUGGAAAGAGUUUUAAACGGUUAGACACCCUGAAAUCUCAUGAGCGAACACAUACAGGGGAGAAGCCUUUCCAUUGCUCCCAGUGUGGAAAGAGUUUUAGCCAGGUAGGAAACCUGAAAACUCAUGAGAGAAUACACACAGGGGAGAAGCCUUUCCAUUGCUUCCAGUGUGGAAAGAGUUUUAGCCACUUAAGAAAUCUGAAAUCUCAUGAGCGAACACACACAGGGGAGAAGCCUUUCCAUUGCACCCAUUGUGGAAAGAGUUUUAGCCAGUUAGUUAACAUGAAAAGACAUCAGCGGAUACACACGGGAGCAAAGCCACACCAUUGCUCCCAGUGUGGAAAGAGGUUUAGCCAGCCAGAAAAGCUGAAAGCUCAUGAGCGAAUACACACAGGGGAGAAGCCUUUCCAUUGCUCCCAGUGUGGAAAGAGUUUUAUGCGGUUAGACACCCUCAAAACUCAUGAGCGAAUACACACGGGGGAGAAGCCAUACCAUUGUGCCCAGUGUGGUGAGAGUUUUAGCCAGUCAGGAAUCCUGAAAGCUCAUGAGCGAACACACACAGGUGAGAAGCCUUUCCAUUGCUCCCAGUGUGGAAAGAGUUUUAGCCAGUCAGGAAUCCUGAAAGCUCAUGAGCGAACACAUACAGGGGAGAAGCCUUUCCAUUGCUCCCAGUGUGGAAAGAGUUUUAGCCACUUAAGAAAUCUGAAAGCUCAUGAGCGAACACAUACAGGGGAGAAGCCUUUCCAUUGCUCCCAGUGUGCAAAGCGUUUUACCCAUUUAGGAAAUCUGAAAGAACAUGUGAGACUGCACACAGGGGAGAAACCUUACAAGUGCUCAGACUGUGGGAAAACAUAUUGCUCAUCACAGUCACUUAAACGUCAUGUGAGAAUCCACACAGGAGAAAAUAAUUACUUAUCCUAGUGUGUAAAUUGAUAUUUCACAUCACAUUGACUUAAAAUUCAUCAGAGAACAUACACAGUGCUCCCAUUGUCUUAUAUUGUUGACUGAGAAUGGGUUUACAUGUUUAUACCAUAUGAAAUUAAAUUAAUAAUUGUACCAAGUAUACUCAAACAUAUAUUUGUAUGUUUUUAUUAGAAAACAUUAAUUGAAUAUUGAGUUGUCAGUUUCAAUAUAGGAUAGAUCAGAUUCCAUGUGUUUAAAUUGCCCUUUUUUAAACUCUGUGUGUGUUUAUCUGGGUGUGUCAUUCCUCCAGCACCACAGAUUAAUUAACAAGUGAUAUCUGGAUGUGAUGCAUUUGUUCCAUUGUUGACAUCUGCAUUGUAGCCCACUGAUGAUUUAAUUAAAUGAAAAUGUUAGUUGUAUGUGUGUCCACAUAACUGAGUAUGUGACUAACCUUGUGAAACUGUCCUAUUAUAAUCUCCUGUUCUUGGGAGUAUCAUUCUGUGUUGCAAACCAAUUUACACCUGUGUCCUUGUAUGAAUAAAGUCCCGCCCAGGAACAGGAAACUAUAAAGAUAUGUGCUCAUCACCCAAUGCUUCAGGAAUUCAGACUGUCUACACUGCGCUGUGUAACUCUGUUAUUCUCUCUGAGCUCAGAAAUAAAGAAUCUUGGUUUGACUUGGA